GCGCUUUGCUCGCGUUCUCGCGCGUCGUUGCUCCUGCGGGCCUUUCCUUUGGGCUUGUUCGCGCGGGCGGCGAGACUCUGCCCGGUCGGUAGGCCCCGUCGCGGCGGUGAGGGAGGGACUGAGCGAGUCGGGCUGAGCGCGAUGUCGGGGGCCACGGGUGGCGCGGCGGGCUCGGCCCGAAAGCGGCUCUUGAAGGAGGAGGACAUGACCAAGGUGGAGUUCGAGACCAGCGAGGAGGUGGACGUCACCCCCACCUUCGACACCAUGGGCCUGCGCGAGGACCUGCUGCGCGGCAUCUACGCCUACGGCUUUGAGAAGCCUUCAGCCAUCCAGCAGAGAGCGAUCAAACAGAUAAUUAAAGGAAGAGACGUGAUUGCACAAUCACAGUCAGGAACAGGCAAAACAGCAACAUUCUCCAUCUCCGUUCUACAGUGUUUGGACAUCCAGGUUCGUGAAACUCAGGCAUUGAUUUUGGCACCUACUAGAGAAUUGGCGGUACAAAUUCAGAAGGGGCUUCUUGCUCUUGGUGAUUACAUGAAUGUCCAAUGCCAUGCAUGUAUUGGGGGAACCAAUGUUGGUGAAGAUAUCAGGAAGCUGGAUUACGGACAGCAUGUUGUAGCUGGCACGCCUGGCCGUGUAUUUGAUAUGAUUCGUCGCAGAAGUCUAAGGACUCGUGCAAUCAAAAUGUUGGUUUUGGAUGAAGCCGAUGAGAUGCUCAAUAAAGGAUUUAAAGAACAAAUCUAUGAUGUGUACAGAUACCUUCCACCAGCCACACAAGUAGUCCUUAUCAGUGCCACCUUGCCCCAUGAGAUCUUGGAGAUGACCAACAAAUUUAUGACUGACCCCAUCCGCAUCCUGGUAAAACGUGAUGAAUUGACACUAGAAGGGAUCAAACAGUUCUUUGUCGCAGUGGAGAGAGAAGAAUGGAAAUUUGAUACUUUGUGUGACCUUUACGACACACUUACCAUCACACAAGCAGUCAUCUUCUGUAAUACUAAGAGAAAGGUUGACUGGCUGACUGAGAAAAUGAGGGAAGCUAACUUCACUGUUUCAUCAAUGCAUGGUGACAUGCCCCAGAAAGAGAGGGAAUCUAUCAUGAAAGAGUUCAGAUCUGGGGCAAGCCGAGUUCUUAUUUCUACAGAUGUUUGGGCCAGAGGCUUGGAUGUACCUCAGGUGUCCUUGAUCAUUAAUUAUGACUUGCCUAACAACAGAGAAUUGUAUAUACAUAGGAUUGGUAGAUCAGGUCGCUAUGGGCGGAAAGGUGUGGCUAUCAACUUUGUGAAGAAUGAUGACAUUCGUAUUCUGCGAGAUAUUGAACAGUAUUAUUCCACCCAGAUUGAUGAAAUGCCCAUGAAUGUUGCUGACCUUAUCUGAAGAAACAAGAUGGGCUGAAGAAAGUCUCCUGUUAGCUCUUUCUUACCCAACAGUAGCCAUGGGAUGCGUUCAGUACUCUUUCUUAUUGAUACUCGUUUUUAAAAAAACCUGUCAGUGGAACUCCAAAAUGGUUAAAUGUACAUCUGCUUCAGUCUAGACACCUUCUGCUGAACAUGGCAGUGAAAAAUAACAUUGGAAGCAGCUACAAGUCCUUGGUAGUGUUUUUUUUUUUUAAGUCAUUAUGGAAUCUUCUAAAAAUAGAAAUUGUUUUAAUUUUUUAAUGUAAGCUGUAAAGUAGCAUCUCUGUAAAUAAGGUGUUCAUUGUUAUCCUAACUAUCUUGAUUAAACAAUGGAGUUUUCAUAUAAAUUCCACAUCUGUUCACUAAUUCUUUGAGGACACUUUGUUUUAUAAAUUUUGUGAUACAUCACCUGUCAUAAAUAAUGCUUGGCACAUAGAUGCAUAAUUAUUUUUUUCCUUUUAUUUUGACAACUUGUAUAUAAUUGGUAUUUUUAAGACAUGUAUUUCUAUUAUUACAUUCAAGUCCUUAAAAAUCAGAGCCAUGCCUAAUUUGAACCAGUAGAGUGAACCCUUCUACUGUUUCAUUAAAAUAUGUGGAAUUAAAGUGGAACCUUAAGAAAACCAGCUUACUGGUUCAAAAAGAUUGAUUGAAAAUAAAUUUGGAUCAGUAUGCUCUAAAA